AUGGCCGAGGAGUUCGAUGAGCACAACCUGCAUGAGCUGUACUCCUGGGUGGACAAGAUCCCGCUCUCCCGACCGAAGAGGAACAUCGCCCGCGACUUCAGCGAUGGAGUGCUGAGCGCCGAAUUGGUGAAAUUCUAUUUUCCUAAGCUGGUAGAGAUGCACAACUACGUCCCAGCCAACUCCACCCAACAGAAGAUCAGCAACUGGACCAUCCUGAACCGGAAAGUUCUGAGUAAAUUGAACUUCUCCGUCCCAGACGAUGUGAUUCGGAAGGUCGUACAAUGUUCGCCGGGAGUGGUGGAGCUGGUACUGAACACUCUGCGCCAGAAGAUCGAGGAGAAGCAGAAACAGAUCCAGGCCUCUGAAGACACAUCAGAGGUAACAUUGUUUGGGCAACACUGGUAUUUAGGGGAACCUCUCAUGUACUAUUAUCCAGGAGGGAGUAUAGGGGAACCUGUCAUGUACUAUUACCCAGGAGGGAGUUUAGGGGAACCUGUCAUGUACUAUUAUCCAGGAGGGAGUAUAGGGGAACCUGUCAUGUACUAUUACCCAGGAGGGAGUUUAGGGGAACCUGUCAUGUACUAUUACCCAGGAGGGAGUUUAGGGGAACCUGUCAUGUACUAUUAUCCAGGAGGGAGUAUAGGGGAACCUGUCAUGUACUAUUAUCCAGGAGGGAGUAUAGGGGAACCUGUCAUGUACUAUUAUCCAGGAGGGAGUUUAGGGGAACCUGUCAAGUACUAUUAUUCAGGAGGGAGUUUAGGAGAACCUGUCAUGUACUAUUAUUCAGGAGGGAGUUUAGGGGAACCUGUCAUGUACUAUUAUUCAGGAGGGAGUUUAGGGGAACCUGUCAAGUACUAUUAUUCAGGAGGGAGUUUAGGGGAACCUGUCAUGUACUAUUAUUCAGGAGGGAGUUUAGGGGAACCUGUCAUGUACUAUUAUUCAGGAGGGAGUUUAGGGGAACCUGUCAUGUACUAUUACCCAGGAGGGAGUUUAGGGGAACCUGUCGUACUAUUACCCAGGAGGGAGUUUAGGGGAACCUGUCAUGUACUAUUAUCCAGGAGGGAGUUUAGGGGAACCUGUCAUGUACUAUUACCCAGGAAGGAGUUUAGGGGAACCUGUCAAGUACUAUUAUUCAGGAGGGAGUUUAGGGGAACCUGUCAUGUACUAUUACCCAGGAAGGAGUUUAGGGGAACCUGUCAAGUACUAUUAUUCAGGAGGGAGUUUAGGGGAACCUGUCAUGUACUAUUACCCAGGAGGGAGUUUAGGGGAACCUGUCAUGUACUAUUACUCAGGAGGGAGUGA